CCUCCCCCGCAUCCGCCUCCGCCGCACCGCCCGGCAUGUCCUCCUCCUCCCCAGCUUCUCCAGCGCCGGCUGACGCCGCGGGAGGGGAGAAGCCCACGGCGGCGCCGUACGGGUCCUGGAGGUCGCCCAUCACCGCAGACGUCGUCUCGGGCGCCGACAAGCGCCUCGGUGGCAUCGCCCUUGCCGGAGACGGCCGCCUACUAUGGAUCGAGGGACGCCCCGAGGAGAAAGGGCGUAUGGUUAUUGUAAAGGAGGAUGACAAGCCUGUGGAUAUCAUACCUCCGGAAUUUGCAGCACGCACCCUUGUUCAAGAAUAUGGAGGUGGUGCAUUUGCAGUCCAAGAUAAUACUAUUGUUUUCUCAAACUACAAGGAUCAACGUCUAUACAAGCAACCGACUGAAAUUGGAAGUCUGCCCAUGCCUCUUACACCCGAUUAUGGUGCACCUGACGUCAGUUAUGCUGGUGGUGUCUUUGAUCCACACUUCAGUCGUUAUGUUACUGUGAUGGAAGAUCGGCGAACGAGUAACUUGAAUCCCGCUACAACAAUUGCGUGUAUAAACUUAAGCGGUGGGGAUAUCCAUGAACCGAAGGUGCUGGUCAGUGGGAAUGACUUCUAUGCUUCUCCAAGAAUUGAUCAAAACAAAAAGCGGAUGGCAUGGAUUGAGUGGGGUCAUCCAAACAUGCCAUGGGAUAAAUCAGAACUCUGGGUUGGCUACUUCUCUGAAAGCGGAGAGUUGACCAAACGGGUCUGUGUUGCUGGAGGCAACCCAAUGCUGGUGGAAUCCCUUGCUGAGCCUAAAUGGUCUCCAAAAGGAGAACUGUUUUUCAUAACUGACAGAGAGAGUGGAUUCUGGAACAUUUAUAAAUGGGUUGAACACAGCAAUGAGGUUGUUCCGGCGUACACAUUAGAUGCUGAGUUCACCAGACCAUUGUGGCUUUUUGGCAACAGCUCUUACGCUUUUCUUGGAAAGAGCAAUCACAUCAUUUUAACUUACAGGCAGCUCGGAAGGUCAUAUCUUGGUGUUCUAAAUUGUGAUUCAGGCUCAGUUUCAUUGCUCGACACCCCUUUCUCCGAUUUGUCCAAUGUGGUUGCUGGAAAUGAUUACUUCUAUAUCGAAGGUGCAUCUGCAAGUGUCCCAAUGUCAAUUGCAAAGGUGACUUUGGAUAGGAACAAAACAAAAGCAAUUAGUUUCUCAAUAGUCUGGUCUUCCUCACCAGAUGUUGUGCAGUAUAGACCUUUCUUCAGCACCCCAGAAUUUAUUGAGUUCCCUACAUCCAGCCCUGGGCAGAUGGCGUAUGCCUAUUUCUACCCACCUUUGAAUCCCAUGUUUCAAGGUUUACCAGAUGAAAAGCCUCCAUUGCUGGUCAAAACGCAUGGAGGACCUACGGCUGAAACACGUGAAAUUCUAGACCUUAGUGUCCAGUAUUGGACAAGUCGAGGAUGGGCAUUUCUUGAUGUUAACUACGGAGGAAGCACUGGAUAUGGGAGAGAAUACCGAGAGAGAUUAUUGGGGAAAUGGGGUAUUGUCGAUGUUGAUGAUUGUUGCAGCUGUGCAAGAUUCCUGGUCGAGAGUGGGAGCGUAGAUGAACAACGCCUAUGUAUAACGGGGAGAUCAGCGGGCGGAUACACUACUUUAGCUUCACUCGCAUUCAGAGAUACAUUCAAGGCUGGAGCAUCUUUGUAUGGUAUUGGUGAUUUGUCUUUGAUGAGAGCAGACUCGCAGAAAUAUGACUCCCAUUAUAUCGACAAUCUUGUCGGAGAUGAAAGAGCUUACUAUGAGAGGUCACCAAUCAACUUUGUCAAUAAAUUUACAUGCCCAGUAAUUCUGUUUCAAGGGUUGGAUGAUAAGGUCGUACCACCAAACCAGGCACGUAAAAUAUACCAGGCUUUGAAAGAAAGAGGUCUGCCUGUUGCUUUGGUUGAGUAUGAGGGGGAGCAGCACGGGUUCCGCAAGGCCGAAAAUAUCAAGUUUACCUUGGAGCAGCAGAUGGUGUUUUUCGCUCGAUUAGUCGGGAAAUUUGAGGUGGCGGAUGAUAUAACUCCAAUCAAUAUCAAAAACUUCGAUUGAAGUGUAGAAGAAACAAUCGUAGCAUCAGCUUACAUUUUCUUUUAGAACUUGACUUUUUUAGUGUAAUGGUGUCUUGUCGCUAUGUAACUGUUUACGUGUUUUACAGUGCGUCUCUUCACAUUUGUUUUGGAUUAUGUGAAAUAGAACGAGAUGCCCACCA